UAAUUCCAGAACUCAUCAGCAAGAAAAUUGUUACUUCACACUCAGUAAAAUUAGGGAAGAAAAAAAAAAAUCUCUUUUUUUGGUUCAAUUCUUUGCAGCUUUUACUUUGCACUGCAAUGGCAGAGCUUGAGUCAUCAUAGUUCAGGAGCUUGCAAUAGUUAGAUGAUCUUGGAAGCAGAAAUACUGUGUAGUGUUUGUAGAUUUACAGAGAUUCUGUAGUGGGUUUAGUCUAAGCUUGUUUGGGUUCUUAGAAAGAUUACAUUUUUAUUUAUUUUUAGUGGUCAAGGGUAUUGAUCUUGUGAUUUUGGGUUCUGGGUUCUGGGUUCUGAUCAAUUAGCAAAAAAAAAAAAAAAAAGUUUUGAUCUUUUCAAGAUUAGGAUUUUAAGCUCUUAGUGUUAACUUAUCAGAGGGUUUAAGGGUGGUUUUGUUUGUGUAUGUUUAUGGAGGAGCAAGGGAUAAAUAGUUCAGCUGCCACAGUGAAAGGUGAUGGAGGCUCUGAGAGCUUCCAGGUGGGUCCCAGGAAUGAAAAUCACAGCCAGUUAAGUGGAUCACCGGCGGCUGCCGCCGCCACCACCACGGCGGCAACGCCGGGGAGUGUGGCCGGAGCUUCAGGAGGAGGAGAAGGGAAGAAGAAAAGGGGAAGACCUAGAAAGUAUGGACAAGAUGGCUCAGUAGCCAUGGCUUUAUCACCAAUGCCAAUAUCAGCUUCAAUUCCUCUUACUGGAGAUUAUGCAGCUUGGAAACACAGCACAAAUCGCCCCACUGAGCCCUCCAAGAAGAAGAAGAAACAUAAGCUUGAGCUUGAAAAUCCAGGGGAUCGGAUGGCAUACUCUCUUGGCGGGAAUUUUACUCCUCACGUUAUAACUGUUAGUGCUGGAGAGGAUAUUUCGAUGAAAAUCAUUUCGUUUGCUCAACAAGGGUCGAGAGCUAUUUGCGUGUUGGCUGCAAAUGGUGCAAUUUCGAAUGUUACCCUUCGUCAGCCUAAUUCUUCUGGUGGUACUUUAACAUACGAGGGCCGGUUUGAAAUUCUCUCUCUAACGGGAUCGUUUAUGCCUAGUGAUAAUGGGUUAACGAAAAGUAGGUCUGGUGGAAUGAGUGUCUCUCUCUCAGGCCCCGAUGGUCGAGUUCUCGGGGGAGGACUUGCAGGCAUGUUAGUUGCAGCUGGGCCUGUCCAGGUCGUUGUUGGCAGCUUUCUUCCGGGCCACCAUCUGGAGCAGAAACCGAAGAAACAGAGAGUUCAGCAGACGCCAGUUUACAACCCUAUCCCAUCCAACCCGAUUUCUGAUGAAAAAAGCGAUGGAGCCCACAGUGGGCAAAGUCCAAAUCUCGCGACUUCUGCUGCUACCUUUCACAGGGACAACCUGCCGUCUUUGAAUUCCAUGCAGGGGUCGAGAAUAUCUGCAAUUGACGAAAACAAUAAUAUCUGUUUCUCCCGGGAGGAUGCGCCUAGAGACCACCAAAGCCCAUCGAAAGGUGAGGUCUCGUACUGAUUACACUGCCUGCCUGUUGUUGUACAUCUGGCUGUACGCCUGUAACAUUAACUCACUCAGAAAUCUUAGGCUCACUUUCCCUUUUGACCAAUAUUUGACACGACUACGCGAGGCUACUGGCUGCUGCUUAUAGAGAGCGUAAGAGUCGUCUUAGAUUAGCUCAGGAUUUUAAUGUUCUUUUAGGUUCUUCUUCUGAUGUAUCACCCUGUUCUGUGUGCUCUCAUCCACGAGGAUUCCUUCCACUAUUUGCUUUCUUGUAUUGAAGUAGAAACAUGGGUAAUUUUAUUGUAUGAAACUUUUGCUAUCGCUCUAACUUUUACAUAGUUUAAGCCACCUGAUUUACUUACCAA